UCCCCUUCCCUCCCCCUGCGCCUCUCUGUGCUCCACAGCUCCGUAAGUUCUCAGUGGGCUGAAGCUGCUCGGCUGCUCCGGCGCUGUUCUCGGCGGUUCUGUAAAGGGGUUCUGUGGGAGGCGAUGGCAGAGCGGUACGCGGACCGGACCGGCCGUGUUUGGGACAGAGACUGACGCUGCUGCCCGUUCCUCGUUCUCUCCCAGCCCGCGGUGUGAGGAGCUCUCUCUCCGCCACUCGCCGCCCCCAGCGCUCCGGCUCGAGCGGACUCGCCUCGUCCUGCUGAGAGACGUUGUUCGGGUACAAUGGGCUGCUGCACCGGCCGCUGCAGCCUCAUAUUCCUCUGCACUGUCCAGCUGAUGGUGGCUUUUGAAAGGCAGGUGUUUGAUUUCCUGGGUUACCAGUGGGCUCCCAUCUUGGCCAACUUCUUCCACAUCAUCGUUGUCAUCCUGGGCCUUUUCGGCACCAUCCAGUACCGCCCGCGCUACAUAGUGGUGUAUGCUGUGUGGACGGCGCUGUGGGUGGCCUGGAACGUCUUCCUCAUCUGUUUCUAUCUGGAAGUCGGAGGCCUUUCCAAGGAAAGUGACCUCUUGACCUUUAACAUCUCCGCUCACCACUCGUGGUGGAGUGAGCACGGCCCGGGGUGUGUGCGGCGUGAGAUGCCCCCUAGUGGAAUGCGAAAUGCAGAAACGCACUCCUACGUCUCGGUGAUGGGCUGCCUGCUGGAGUAUCAGUACAUCGAGGUGUUACACAGUGGAUUUCAGAUCCUCCUCUCUCUGCUGGGCUUUGUGUACGCCUGCUACGUCGUGAGCUCCAUCACAGAGGAGGAAGACAGCUUUGAUUUUAUUGGUGGAUUUGAUCCAUUUCCUCUCUACCAUGUCAAUGAGAAACCAUCCCAUCUUCUCUUAAAGCCCAUGUACCAGUCUACGUAAGUGAAGGUGUGUGUAGCCGAGGGGAAGCAGCGGUCAUUCCUCAGAGAAUUCCUCCAGAUUCCUCCCUCAUUCAUCUGACAUCCCUACGCUCUUUCUCCUGCACACUGCCGGCCUUCGCGCUCACCGGCCUUUGAGUUCGCCCUUCGGGAAAAAGAGGCUGGACUUUACAUGUUAUUAACCUGGACCAAGUGAAGACCAUUAGCUUUAACGCUAUAGAGUGGCUGCACACAUGCACCACUGUGUUUAUUUAGGAAAGAACCACAACUAGGGAGAACCCGAUAACAAUAACUGAUCAUUGUGCCGUGGCCAAUACUGAUAUUGACUGAUUGACUGGGGCUGUCGAACUUCAUGUGUUAAUAACUUUAACAUGAAAAAUGAUCCAACUUUUACUUUUUAUUAUUAACACAUUAGUUAAUAAUCAAACCAUCCACAGAAAUCCAGGCUGAAGCCCAGCUGCUCGUGCUCUGUGCUUCUGUGAUAGAACCCACAGUUCUAACCCUCUCAUUCAGAUACAACGUCUAAUAAUAAGUUGGACAGUGCUGGACAGUGCUGGACAGUGCGCUCACAGGAGACUGAUAGAUAAAUCAGUGAGCAGCAAACUAACAAAAGCAAUAGUAAAGUAAAAACUCAGCUUUGACUAUGAUGAGAAUUCAGAGCUGUAUGACCGAGAGUGAGAGGCUCUGUGUAUGAUGUUUCUGAUACAGAGCUCAAAAGUAGUUUUAGGACACUUGUGUCAUUUUUUUCUGUUGUGUGUUUUUAGAACUACUUUAUUUAUUCAUAUAUUAGGGAAAUAUUGCUUCACCAUCUUGAAAUUUGUAUAACUUCAGUUACAUUAUAGCUUUAUAUAUUAUAUAAAUAAAUAUAUGCAAAUAUUCUUUAUAUAUUAUAAAGCCUAACCUUCUGUUUUGUUCCAGAAAUAUUAGUACACUAGUCCAAAUGCGCAAGCAUGUCAUGUUCAAACCAGAGAUCCCAAUACUGUCCCUGCAACAUGUAGAUUAAUGUUUAUUUCUGUUUUCUUAGUUAUGUUUUCAGUUCAUUACUGGAUCAUAAACCUGAUCAUUAUUGCUGGUUGUUAGGAUUUUAUUAGUGAAAGAAUAAGUGAUAACUUGACUUUGGAAGAAAGUAAAUAAAGUUCGUACUCCGAGUGUCCGAGACUAAUUUGAGCUCUGUAUAAACGUAGAAACAGUUUAAUGUUAUAUUCAUGUGAACUCUGUGGUUAUGGUCUUCGUUGUUUGACGGCCCCAGAUUUACAUUAUUAUCUCUACAUGACGCCACUCUGAUUUAAAUAUUAUAUUACUGUGACAGUUAAGACAUGAUAAUUAUUCAGAACAUUAUUCUGUGUAAAUAUAUUUGACAUUCAGUGCCACUAACAGUUCAUCACUGUUGGAACAAAACAGUAACUUUAAAAAGGAAAUGAAAACUUUCCCCACGUUCAGUUCUGUUCAGCAUGGAGUUUUGACCCAGUGGGAAUAUCAGGGUUUCAGUUUAAAAACAGAGACUCUGUUCCGACCGUGAUGAAAGCGUUUUGGGUGUUUUGCCCAGUCUAAUCCCAAUUAUUAGCUAAAUUAUAGGCUGUAACUCCAGGACUGAACACUGGCAUGUUAAGGAUCAUUUCAGCUCCCAUUAAUAAAACGAUGCAUCAGCCACUGAUUUAUUGUUCUCCCCUCAUCACGACAGCCAAGACAAAAUGUUGUCUUCCAAAUUUGUGUGAGCGUCUGUUCCAAAUACAGUGCGGCUGUGUUUGCGUCGGCUCUGCUGGGCUCACUGUCAGCGGCUCCGGCUCGGAUGUGGACGGUUGGCUGAGUUCUACUUGUGGGAGUUCACAGCUGCACAGGAUCUGCUCAGAGACACCAUCCGAGCAGGAAAGUGGACGGGGAGUCGGUUCGUUCCACAAACAAAGCAAGCCAGCCUGAGCGACUGCAGCCGAGAACAGAACAGAAGAGAGGAGGACAGUUCUGGGAUGGAAGCAGCGUUUCUCAGAGACCUGUGACCAGUGAUCGUCCUGGAGCUGCUCCUGCUCUAAUCUGGGUGACGGCGUCUGGUCUUCAGUCUUCAGUCUUCAGUCUUCAGUCUGAGUCUCUUUAAGUCCAAAGUGCUGUGAUUUUGUAAUUAUCAGUAUUUUAACACGAUUAUGGAAUUCUGUGAGUAUUUUAAUGAGGCUGUAAUGUUGAGUGCUCUUUUUUUUUAAUGAUCAAUAUUUCAAAGCACAGUGUUUUUAAUUAAUGAACAUUGAGAUCAAAGAGAUGGCGUUAAAUAGUGUGUGUGUGUGAUGGGAGGGGCGGGUGUCCGCGGUAAUGAAUGAAUCCCUCCGUGAGAGUUUAAAUAACCCCGCACUGUGGGAGGCGCGCGGUCAGUCUGCGGCUCUGACUGCGUUUUAUUAGUGUUUAGAUCGUCAGGCGUUGAGUUGCUGUCAGUCUUUCACUGUAGGUGCAGAACUACUGGACAAAAUCAGCUGCAGCUCAACGGCCUCGAUGAUUAAUCGGUAGAUCUUUGGUCUGUAGUUAGUUUGUCGUGCGCUGCUUUAUAAUCCGGAGUAGUUUGGAGUGAAUUUUUAUUCUUUUCUUUUUCAUUUCCACAUUAUGGUCAGCAGUCAUAUGCAGGCGCGUGAGCGCGCCCAGUCAGAGUGAAGAGGCGAACACGGGGAACUCAAAUCUGCCGUUUUCUGCUCAUUUCGUCUCGUAGUUUCUGUUUAUUUUUUAACGUAUUGGAGAAAUAUAAACAUAAAAUGUGCCAUAACUUUU